AUGGUGGUUCUGAAAAGUGGGGAGGCUUGGAUGGAUGGUGGAGAUGUGGGAUGGUGGUUCUGGGAAGUGGGGAGGCUAGGAUGGAUGGUGGAGGUUCGGGAUGGUGGUUCUGGGAAGUGGGAGGAUGGGAUGGAUGUUGGAGAUGUGGGAUGGUGGUUCUGGGAAGUGGGGAGGCUUGGAUGGAUGGUGGAGAUGUGGGAUGGUGGUUCUGGGAAGUGGGGAGGCUUGGAUGGAUGGUGGAGGUUUGGGAUGGUGGUUCUGGGAAGUGGGGAGGCUUGGAUGGAUGGUGGAGAUGUGGGAUGGUGGUUCUGGGAAGUGGGGAGGCCAGGAUGGAUGGUGGAGGUUCGGGAUGGUGGUUCUGGGAAGUGGGGAGGAUGGGAUGGAUGGUGGAGGUUCGGGAUGGUGGUUCUGGGAAGUAGGGAGGCCAGGAUGGAUGGUGGAGGUUCGGGAUGGUGGUUCUGGGAAGUGGGAGGAUGGGAUGGAUGGGAUGGAUGUUGGAGAUGUGGGAUGGUGGUUCUGGGAAGUGGGGAGGCCAGGAUGGAUGUGGAGGUUCGGGAUGGUGGUUCUGGGAAGUGGGGAGGCCAGGAUGGAUUUGGAGGUUCGGGAUGGUGGUUCUGGGAAGUGGGGAGGCCAGGAUGGAUGUGGAGGUUCGGGAUGGUGGUUCUGGGAAGUGGGGAGGCUAGGAUGGAUGGUGGAGGUUCGGGAUGGUGGUUCUGGGGAGUGGGGAGGCUUGGAUGGAUGGUGGAGGUUCAAGAUGGUGGUUCUGGGAAGUGGGGAGGCCAGGAUGGAUGGUGGAGGUUCAAGAUGGUGGUUCUGGGAAGUGGGAGGAUGGGAUGGAUGUUGGAGAUGUGGGAUGGUGGUUCUUGGAAGUUGGGAGGCUUGGAUGGAUGGUGGAGGUUUGGGCUGGUGGUUCUGUGA